AUGAAGAAAGCUAUUGGAAUAAUCCACUCUAGGAUGGAUUUGAAUCUUAACAAAAUGGGGUGCAUUCAAUUAUCAAUUGAAGGUGUUGCUGUGUAUGUUGAUUUUUGGGAGAUAAAACCGUCAGGUGGCGAUUUUUUUGGAACAAACUCCGAUGAGGAGUUCCCAAGAGGAGACGAUAUAGAUUUUUUAGAUGACAAUUCGGAGGCUGAUAAAGAUAGACCUCAAGAUAAGAGAAUAGCAGAGCUGUCACGGGAAGAUAUCAUGCAACUUCAGUUUACAGAUGAGGAAGCUGUUUAUCGAUUCUACAAGACUUAUGCAAUGAUGCACGAUUUCACUGUGAGGUUGGAUGAAGUCAGACGUGAUAGCGAUGGUUGCAUAAUUAUGUGCCAAAUUAUUUGCAAUCGGGUGGGCUCAAGAAGGGAAGAGGUUGAAAAGGACGAAAGAAUCUGGGACCACCGACCCCUAACUCGAAGUUUUUGUCCGGCGAGAAUUUGUGCAAGACUAGAUAGAAAAAUUUAUAAAUGGAAGGUUGUUUCGUUGUACGAAGAGCACUCUCAUGGAUUAGUUGAUCCACUCGAUAUUAGCAUGAUGCCUGAGUAUUACACAUUCAGUGUCUCGGAUAAAGCUCAGGCGAAGAAUUUGCAUGCCAUAGGCAUCAGGACCUGUCACAUCUUGAGAUACUUGGCUUUUCAAAAAGGUGGAUAUGCAAACUUGUCAUUCAACCAAAAAGAUAUGUACAACCUUAUUACUCAACAUAGGAAGGAAAAGGUGAAGGGUGGUAAUGCAAAUGAUGCAAUAAGCUACCUGGGAGGUAAAGCUGGGAAUGAUUUUUAUUUCUUUGGUAGCCGUAUUGAUUGUGAGUGCUUUGGGGAUGUCUUGACAUUUGAUUCGACUUACAAUAAGAAUGUCUACAGUAAACCACUUGUGAUAUUUUCUGGUAGCAAUCAUCAUGGACAAACCGUCAUAUUUGGAUGUGAUUUUCUUGUUAAUGAGGAUAUUGGUUCAUACAAGUGGCUCUUGGAAACAUUUUUGGAAGCAAUGGGGAAUAAACACCCUAUGGCAGUUGUCACCAACAAAGAUCUUUCAAUGAGAGAAGCCAUUAAAUAG